CCUCUCACUCUGUCUCCCUCUCCAACACUUCUCCCUCCUGCUCCCUUCGCUGUUUCGUUUUGUAGCCAAAGAAGCGGACUGAACGAUCCACCGCAGUGCCUGCAUGAGACACAGUCAGUGAAAGAGGAAGAAAAGGAGGGAUUUAGAGGAUGGGAAGGGGAGGAUAAAGGAUAAUCGCCCAGAUUAGAGAAGGAGAGAAGAGAGAAGAAAAAGACACUAAACCCUCUCAUGGUGUGAGGUUUCCAGGCGUGCGCGCACGACUCCGGUGCCACUAUGAGUUCCUGUAGCAGCCGUGCUCUGACCAUCCUGUCCACGGUGUUUGGAGCCUGUGGGCUGCUGCUGGUGGGGGUGGCCGUGUCCACCGACUACUGGCUCAUCAUGGUGGAGGGAGUCAUCCUGCAGCAUAACCAGAGCCAGGAAGUGAAGAUGGCGCUGCAUUCGGGCCUUUGGAGGGUUUGCUUUGUGGCUGGAUCAGAGAACGGGAGGUGCGUCGCAUCGGAGUACUUCACCGAACCUGACGUGGAGCUCACCACCGAAAACACAGCAAACAUCCUGAAGAUGGUGCGCACAGCCACGCCCUUCCCAAUGGUGUCGCUGCUCUUCGUCUUCACCGCCUUCGUCAUCAGCAACAUCGGGCACAUCCAGCCCCAACGCACCAUCCUGGCUUUCGUGUCCGGCAUCUUCUUCAUCCUCUCAGGCCUCAGUCUGGUGGUGGGUCUGGUGCUCUACAUCUCCAGUAUUAAUGAUGAGGUCAUGAACCGGCCCAGAGAGCCCGAGCAGUUCUUCAGCUACCACUAUGGCUGGUCCUUCGCCUUCGCUGCUUCGUCUUUCUUACUCAAGGAGGGAGCCGGUGUGCUGUCGGUCUACUUGUUCAUGAAGCGGUAUGCAGAAGAAGAGAUGUACCGCCCCCACCCUGCCAUCUACCGCCCCCGCCUGUCUGAGGGCAGCGACUUUAGUGGUCAAUACCUCCACCCUGAGUCCAACUGGCCUCCACCAAAGAGGGGACGCAGUACCUCAGAGGCCUCCAGUGACAUCUCCAUCCAGCUCAACCAGGCACCCCCUGCACCACCAAAAAGCAGCCUCCAAGUAGGAAUCCAGGGCAGCCCCCCUUCCGCUUCCUCCUCAGCAGGGAGCUAUCCGAUGCCCCCGCAGGCUGCAGUAUACCCCUCCACACACACCCUCCUAAGGUCGCACUCCUCACACCCUCAGGGCCAAGCUCUUCCGCUGACCGUCCCCCCAUCACCUGUGCCUCCACCUCACUAUCACACACACAUGCAUAUGAGCGCCUCACCCUGCUAGGGAGAGGGCGCUUCACGAAGAGAAGCAGAUUUAGACACUUUUUAAUCAUCCGUGCUGUACUUUUAGAUGUACACUGAGCUUUGGUCACACAUCAUUUCAGCAGAAGCAGAACGAAACGGAACCGCAUGUUGAAAACAGAAAAUAGAUUGUUUGGGAUGUCAUAAACUAAGGAAAAUGGCCGCUUUGGAAAAAGAGACAAGAGUUGAAGAGAAUUGUAAGGAGAAGCAGAACUGAGCAAGCAAGAAGUUAAUGAGAAAACGGCGCGGGGAUGUGAACGAGGAGGGAAGCAUUCCCUAGAAAGACAUUACAGGUUCGGUCUGAGCGACGGGGGAGAUAACAGGGAGGGAGAGUGAAGCGGGAGGAGGCUGCGGUACAAUACAAAGAUGCUGCAGUGCUGCAGAAAAAUGUUGAAUGCACUUGAAAAUGUACAAAACAAACCUGAGAAUGCACAUAGUUUUCAUGCAUUCAUAAUUCAUGCCAACACAUGGGCAUCAAGAAGGGAGGGUGAAUAUAUAAAAAAUGUCUGAAUCUAUGACAUCAUCACUCCAGAUUCACACUGUCAUGAUGGUGUUAUCAAUAUUAUUAAUUAAUUGAUUUCACUGGUCAUGAAUGUUGUUCAUUUUUGUUAAAAAAUAAAAAAGAUGCAAAAAUAAUGUAAGAAAUAUCAUGAAGAGAGCUUCUUAUUCUACAUAUUUAAGAGACUAAAUUCUUAUUUAUUGUAUAUAUUUGCACAAUAAAAAAAGUGUUACUCAUUCUGUUUUGGAUGAAGUGUUUGCAAAGGUGCAACAGCCACUGGGUGCAGAGCAAAGACAGCAGAACCUCGGGUCUAAAAUGGACACAGUGCCCUCUGCUGGUCGCUAUCCUGUACUGACCCUGGUUCUGUUCAUUUGUGUCAAAACAUAAAGGUGA